AUGGAAAAGAACAAUGCUUUGGCCAAAAGUAAAGAAACAGAUGCAAAAAUUUUAAAACUAUAUAAUGUCGUAAAAAUAGAUAAAUUAAAAAGAAAACAGGAAUUCGAAGCAUGCACAAAUCAAUUCUCUAAAAACCUGUCAACAAUUAGAAACUUAGAAAAAGAAAUUUUAAAAGAAGAAAAUUUAUAUUCAGAUGAAAUUGAAAAUUGUAAAAAAGAAAUUAAUUUAGAGAAUGAAAUAUUUAUAAAUCGCCAAAAAGAAUUUAUUGAAAUUAAUAAAGUCAAUAUUAAUAUAAACACAACACCAAUAAAUAACACAUUACAAAUAAGAAAACUUCGGGAAUUACAUAAUAACUGUUUAAUAUUAGAAAAUAAUAUCAAUGAAAUAUCUUCAAUAAACAAUAGUAAAAUUAAUCACCUAAAUGACUUAAUAAAAUCAGUUGAAUUAAAAAUAGAAAAUCAUAAUAAAAUUUUUGAAGAAAAAGAAAGAUUAAGAAAAAAUAAAUUAGAUUUAGAUUUAUUAUUAGAUGAUUUAGAAAAAAGUAAAAAUAGUAUUUCCAAUAGUAAUAUAUUAAAUAGUAUACACAUUAGUAAUUUAACAAGUAGUUUAGAGAAUAGUAUAAAGUUGUUAAAAGAAGAUGAAUAUGACUCACUAUCCAAGAAAUUAAAAGAUGAUGAUGAAAACCAAUUAAAAAAAGAAAAUGAAGAAAAAGAAAAAAGAAAAAUCACAUUACCAAAAGCGCCUUCAUUUGAUAUGAACAAUUUACAUAAAAAAAUAGUAGUACCAACUACUCCAGCAAAUGUGGUCCCUGAAAAUGACUUCAAUAAAAAGCUAUUAGAAUUUAAACUCAAAAAACAACAAAUUAAACAAGAAGAGGAGAAUAAACAAAACAAAUUAAAACAACAACAUGACGAAAAUAUUCAAAAACAAACCGAAAAUUCAAUUCAAUAUCCAAUCAAUGUAUUUAUAAACGGUAAACUUCACCAACUACUCUAUAGUUUAGAACUGGAUACCAUAAGUUCAUUAUUAUCAAAAAUAUUUGAUUAUCUCCAACUCAACGACUAUACAAAUUUAAAAAAACUAAACAUCUCUACCAUUGAAGAAAUGUCUUUGAAAACCUCAUCAAACUUUUAUUUUUCAAAUAAAACUAAACAAUAUUUAAAAUAUGUUCCGUUUUUUAUUGACCAAAAACAGAAACAAACCUUUGAUAUAUAUGUGGUUCCUAAAAAAGAAGAAGAAGAAUUUUAUAAUAAAAUCUCGGUUAUUUUAAAUAAAGAUUUCGAAACCUCAGUUAAAAAUGAUGAUAAAGAAGAAUCUACAAAUUUUAGAAAUAGAAUGGUUAAAUUUUUAGAUAUUGUUAAUAUUCAUAAAUUACAGUUAGAUAACGAGGCAACGUUUAUAUCCUCACCAAACUCAUCCCCAACAAACUCAUGUACAAAUUCUCCAACAAACUCUUUUGGGCAAUUACCAUAUUUUUCACCUCAAACAUCUGCUAAUAAACUACCAACUUUAAUUGGUUAUAACAGACCACCAUCAACAAGCCUCAACUCAAGUACCAAUAGCUUUGGUGAUUUUUAUUUAGGUAGCCCUCCAUCAGCAUCAAUACUAUCAUCCUCUCCCGUAACCAUUCAAAAUAACUACUAUGGCAAUAAAAUUACAAAUAGUAAUUCAUCUUCGUCAGGUAGUCUUCAUAAAUCAACUUUAUUAAAAAACUCAACAUCAAGCAUCCCAAUUAGUAUUCAAAACAACAAUAAUAUAAAUGAUAGCAACAAUGGACUCAAUAGUGAAUCAUUCAGUAGUUACAGCCCAUCUAGCAAUAGUUGGAAAGCAUGUUCACCAUCAAGCAAUAUGAGAAAAUUUGAAACCAAUGCAAAUUUUUUUUCAUCAUCACCUUCACUUUCAAAUAGCAGCGGCUCAUUAUUUACAAAACAGAAAUCAAUUAAUAGCAAUUUAAAUACACUUUAUUCAUUAGCCCAAUGUACCAUAAGAUUAUUUAUAACAGAAAACAUUAUUAAAACAUUUUAUUGCAAUGUAACAACUACUAUUGGUGAAUUGCAAGAUAUAAUUUUUAGGAAGUUUUCGAAAAUUAUUGAAAAUGAAACCAAGAUUAUGGAUCCCAGUAAAUUUGUAAUUAAAAUUCGUGGUCUAGAAAUCUAUUUGGUAAACUCUGGUUCACAAUUGUGUUCAAUCGAUUUUAUCAAUACCAAAUCAAGGAGACAAAAGAAAAUUGAUCUAUUACUUUUAGAAAGGAAUUCUGUUGACGAGUCUGAACUACAAGCAUCGAUGGAAACAACCUGCCACUCAACCUUAUCAUCAUCUCAAUAUAUAUCAUUAAAUGAAUCAUUAGAAAAAAGUAUAUUAUUAGAAGAUGAAGAUCUUGUAACAACUCCUCAAAUAAGCAGCAAUAAUACUAAUAAAAAUUUCAAGAUAAGAAUUGGUGGUUUAAAGAAUUUUGAUAUUGAUGAAAUUAGAUCAUCGCUAAACUUAAACUUUAAAACAGCAGAAACAAAGAUUUAUACCAGAGCUCAAAUUUAUCAAGGUGGUUAUAAAAUUGGUAAUACAAUGAUAACAAAUAAAAUCCCAAUCCAAAAUAAUCCAUCCUGGUUACACUGGUUAGAAGGUGUUAGCUUUAAAGAAAUUCCAUCAAAUGCCAUCAUUACUUUAAUGAUUUACAUUAAAACAAAAAAAGAAAGAACAGGCUCCAAUUACGAUAUAAGCGACUCUGAUUUACUUUUAGGUUGGGUUAACUUUCAUAUUUGGGACUAUAAGAAUAAAAUUAACUCUGGUUUCAAUUCAUUAAAACUCUGGCUAAAUAAUACUAUAGACUACUCAAAUCUACACCAAAACUAUUUAGAUAAUGUAGCAUUAACUUUUGAAAUAGAAUCAUCAGGUAUUCAAUUCUCACCAGAACCGUUAUCCAAUGAAAGAAUAGAGCAAUUAGAGCAAUACUAUCAACAACAAGUACCAGACACCUCAAUUCUACAAACUGUAAAUCAAAUUUUAGAUAGAGAUAGACUUUGUGAUUUAAAACCAGAUGAAGCCCAACUAAUUUGGAAAUAUAGAAAUCAUUGUAAAAUGAAUAAACCAACCACAUCAAUUUCAAAACUUACACUAUCAGUACCAUGGAACAACCCAGAAGCCGUUCAAGAAUUUUAUUGGUUAGUAAAUAAUUGGCCAUCUUUAGACCCAAUUGAUAGCUUAGAGCUAUUAAGUUCUCAAUUCUUAGAUAGAGAAGUUAGAAAAUUAGCAAUUUUAAAUCUUAGAAGGAUGAGUGACUCCGAAAUAGAUAUGUAUUUACCACAACUUAUUCAAGCACUUAAACAUGAACCCCAUCACUAUUCAAUUUUAUCAAAAUUUUUAAUUAGGCGUGUACUUUUAAAUAAACAAAAUAUGUCACAUAAAUUCUUUUGGCAAAUUAAAGCAGAAAUUUUAGUAUUAGAGGAGGCAAAUAAUAAUAACAAUAAAAUAUAUCCAGAAUGGUUAGAAAGAUAUCAACUUUUAUUAGAAACUUUUCUUAGAGGUACAUCAAAUAACAAACUUAAUGAUAUAUAUAAACAAUAUGAAUUCUAUAGUAAAAUCAAAUCGGUUGCUCUCGAAAUCAAAACCAUCGCAUCAAGUAAAAGAAGAGAUUAUUUAAAUUCAACCCUAUCUACACUUGAAAUUUCAAACGAUUUUAAAACACCAAGUAAUCCAGAAUUUAGAGGCAAAUCAAUUAUACCAUCAGGCUGUAAAGUAAAAGAAUCCAAAACAUUGCCAUUGUUUCUAUCAAUUGAAAAUUAUGACCCAUUAGGAGAUAAUCACUAUAUUUUAUUUAAAGCUGGUGAUGAUUUAAGACAAGAUCAACUAACAAUCCAAAUGAUCAAUAUUAUGGAUAGAAUGUGGUUAAAUAGUGGUCUAGAUUUACAAACAAUUACCUAUCAAUGUAUUGCGUCAGGUCCAAUGGAAGGAAUGAUUGAAAUUGUUGGGGAUUCCAAAACAAUUGCCGAUAUUCAAAAACAAGCUGGUGGUAUUACAGCUGCACUAUCAGAAACAGCCAUUUCAGAUUGGUUAAAACAAGAAAACCCUUCAGAAUUGGAAUAUAACAGUGCUGUAGAAAACUUUAUUAGAUCGACGGCUGCAUGUUCAGUGUAUUCAUAUAUAUUAGGUCUUGGAGAUAGACACAACGAUAACAUCAUGAUCACUAGAUCUGGUCAUUUAUUUCAUAUUGAUUUUGGUAGAUUUUUAGGUAAUGUCCAAACAUUUAAAGGAUUCAAAAGAGAAAGAGCCCCAUUUGUAUUUCCUGCAUCAUUUGCAUACGUAGUCGGUGAUGAACAUUUUAAAUCAUUUGAAGAUCUAUGUGCCAAAGCCUAUAAUGUCAUUAGAAGAAAAGCAAAUGUAUUUUUAAAUUUAUUCUUAAUGAUGGUAUCAACUGGUUUACCAGAGUUAAAUAAAAUUUCAGAUAUCUAUUAUUUAAGAGAUGCUUUGGCAUUAGAAUUAACCGAAGAAUUAGCGGCUCAAAAAUUUAAACAAAUGAUUCAAGAAUCAAUUGCCUCAAAAUCAACAGAUCUAAAUUUUAUGGUCCACAUUGCUUUCAAUCCAAAUUAA